AUGUUGUGUAAUCGCCUCACAAGAUUAGAAGGCAAUCCCAUAUGCUCAAAACUCAAAGAUACAUACUGCUCAAAUAAGAAGAACACGAUGCAUAUUAUGCUAACCGCAGUGAUAGUUCCUGUGGUAGUGGUAUCCCUCCUAGUAGUGAUGUGCAUACUCUGGAAGUUAUGCUGGAAAGCGAAAUCAGGAGACCAUGAGGAUUAUGCUAUGUAUGAAGAGGAAACUCCACUACAUAUUGAUAUCAGGCGGUUCACAUACGCAGAGCUGAAGCUAAUAACAAGUGACUUCCAAUCAAUCAUUGGAAAAGGAGGUUUCGGUAUAGUUUAUCAUGGCACACUAGAAAAUGGUGAUGAAGUAGCUGUGAAGGUGCUUAUGGAGACAUCAAUAGCAGAGGCAACAGACUUCCUCCCUGAGGUGCAAACCUUGUCCAAAGUUUAUCACAAGAACCUUGUGACUUUACAAGGAUAUUGCCAGAACAAGAAGUGCCUAGCACUCGUUUAUGAUUUCAUGCCCAGAGGAAAUCUUCAACAGCUUUUAAGAGGAGGAGACGACUAUAGUUUGAAUUGGGAACAACGACUUCAUAUUGCACUGGAUGCUGCACAAGGACUGGAGUAUCUACAUGAGUUAUGCACCCCAUCAAUAGUGCACAGAGAUGUGAAGACCCCAAACAUCCUUCUGGACAAGAAUCUAGUGGGGGUAAUAUCUGAUUUUGGGCUUUCACGGGCUUUUAAUGAUGCUCACACACACAUAUCUACUGUUGCUGCUGGCACUCUUGGCUACCUCGACCCUGAGUACCAUGCAACUUUCCAGCUCACAGUCAAGACAGACGUUUACAGCUUCGGCAUCGUGCUCUUGGAGAACAUCACCGGCCAACCCCCAGUAUUUAUGGACCCUCAAACUGUCCACCUACCAAAUUGGGUGCGGCAAAAGAUAGCUAACGACAGCAUUCACGACGUUGUAGACAAGAAACUGCUGGAUCUGUACGAUGCCGGUUCCCUGCAGAGUGUAGUGGACCUUGCCAUGAACUGCGUGGGGAAUGCAGCCAUCGACAGGCCGACCAUGACCGAGGUUGCUUGA